AGUAAAUAUGGCUGCCGUCAGACGAUCAAGAAUUUUUGCCUGUUCAAUUGUUAUCUGUUAUACCUUCAGAGAACUACUUAUUUGAAGUAUCUCCACUUUUAUAAUAUUUGGAGAUGUCUGAUGAAAUCUUGCCCACUCCUUGUGUUAAUGAGGAGGAACGGGAAGAAGGGAGAGGGGAAUCUCCCAGCUUGGAAGAGGAGCUGUUCACCUUCCGAGAGAAGUGGAAGAACGAGUUGGAAGAUGUCCGUAGCCAGAAGCUUGGUCACAAUCAUGCCUUGAAAGGGAAAGAGGCCAUUGAAAAAGAGGCCACUCGCUUGUUUUUGCUGGGAAGUGAGGCAGAGAGGAGUGGUGCGUUCUAUGAAGCCAUCCUGUUCUACAAGAAAGCCAUGCAUUUGGUGCCAGAUAUUGAGUCAAAGAUCGAUGUCUAUUCUGUAAGAUCACAGAGAGAGAGACAAGACAGUGAGACAUCACUAGAAGACCAGGCCCUGUCCGAGGACAACGAUGAAUGCUUGCUGGCACAGUUACAGGAGCUGAGUGUUGGAGAGAAGACUUUCUGCCAGCCCAGCUUGCCACAAAGGGCGACACACAUCUCAUCUCUGCCGCUGGAACUCAUCAUCUACAUCUUCCGCUGGGUUGUCUCAAACGACCUUGACAUUAGGUCUCUGGAGAACUUGUCUUUGGUGUGCAGAGGCUUCUAUGUGUGUGCCAGAGAUGAAGAGCUGUGGAGAAUUGCCUGUGAGAAGGUUUGGGGAGAGAACACUCGCCAUCCCAGGAAGUAUGGCGGGUCUUGGAGGACGAUGUUCAUUGAGAAACCACACCCACUGUUCCAUGGUUGUUACAUCAGCCGGACUGGCUAUGUGAGACAGGGAGAGCAAGGCCUGGACAACUUCUACAGACCAUUCCACCUGGUCUACUAUUACAGGAUGGUCCGGUUCUUCCCUGACGGUGGGUUACUCUCGACUUGCUUGUGGUCCUUAGAAUUGUCAUUCCUGUCUUCCUGUGGGAUUCCAGGCGAUGGUCACCCGAUGAUCACCCGGAUGCGAGACAGAAGCUUCAGGCAACAGGGCCUCAUGAGUGGAUACUACAAGUUGCAGAAGAAUAAGAUUUCUGCAGUUCUCAAGCGGGAUUCAACGGGUACUGACAACACAUAUCACCGCUACAAGCGACGGCAGCAGCCCAAUCCCCAAUCAGAGGGAGAGUCCACGUUUUUUGUGGAAUUUGAACUCACUUUCUUAGGCCGCAGAGCUCACACCAAACUUGCGUGGAGCAAGUACUUCAAUCGGAUAUACUACAAAUCCACAGGAGAAGAAGUCAUCAACAACUUUGACUUGAAACCCAAAAAUUUUCCUCCACUGAUAUUUUCUCGAGUCAAGAGCUACACGGCCAUGUCUGACACUCUCUUGGCAUCGUAGACUGGACACCGACAUCAAGAGCACCACAGCUACUUCAUCCGUGCUCGUCAUAUAGCAGAGUUUUAUGUUUAAUCAGUUGCAGCUUGGCUGUUGGUCAGCCCUUACAUAUGGGAGCCGAAUCCCCUGCAGUUCCUAGAACUUGUCCCAACCUUUUUAUGUGCCACGCGUUGUUGUCUAUAGACAUGAAGAUCCUGAUUCUAAUACAGGUGUGUACAAUGUUUUAGUACCUGCUAAUUUUGGAAUGCAUUUAGGAAUGGUAAAACUACAACUGAAAAUGAUGAUACCUGUUUUACAUCCAGCAAACCCUUUAUGUUUGUUCCGUAUAUUUUGAGGUGUUGGUUUUACAUUGAAAAGAAAUAAUGCUUGAAAAUCAAUAGAGCAAAUUCCUCGAUUCAUGUUAUUUGCUAGUUAUAUCAGAUUAAAGACAUGUGAUUUUAUUGACACACAUCACGUAUUUGUAUGCUUUUUAAUAUAAGACAUCACUGUGCUCUGACACUUGAUCGUUUAGGAUCACGUAGAUGAAGUGUCGGUGUCAUAUACCUGUGGUACUCAGUUAGUGAGAGUCACGUGAGGGUCCUAAUCUCAUUAAUUUCUCGUUAAAUUUUAAAUGUGGAUAAAAACCAUGCACACAAGAUUUCAAGUUAAAAGUAAACUUUGAAAUUAUCUUUGAAAGUGCAGAUUGUCAGUGUCAAUGUAGGGAAAUAUGGGGACGCCAGCUUGUGCUGUUUUCAUCACUACAAUAUGUGUUCAGCAAAUACCACUGUUUACUUUUGUUGUUGGAUCUAGUUAUAUCUGACUUCGAAAAUUCUAGCACAAUUAUGAUAACAGUAAACAUUUGAUUUACAUCAAUCAGUUUUCUGUGUAAAAUUUGUGAAUCGUUUGUGAGAAGAAUUGACUUAACUAUAAAUGAUUACGUUUUUUUAAUUAUUUCAUGCUAAACAGUACACUCCCCCACGGCCCUUUCAUAGGGCUUGGUUGUUGUUUUAUCCAGGGAUAUAUGCACAGUUAUGAUCAGAAGAGAUUUGAUAUUAUAAGUUGUUCACUGGUCUCGAGGGGGACAUGGGUUGAUGUACCCUCGAUGUUUG